AUGGGGAUUCCCUCAGGCCAUCCCGGGGCCCCGUCGAGUCAUUUAGGCCAUCUUGGAGCUAUCUUGGUGCAGUCUGAGGCCGUACCACUCCUCUGUAUUGGCCACCCCGAGGUGGAAGACUUGGUGGCGUUGGGCGUCAAACGCGGCCCAGCUGUCAAGUUGGCCGCGCACGUCAAGUCGAUGAUGCCGGCAAUGGUCUCUGAGCCCGCGGGUGCCCCUGCCCUGGCCGGCGCCGUCGUGGCCGGCGCCGCCGGCGCCGUCGUAGCUCCACCGACUGCGGUCGCCGAGGAAGGGAUGGGUGUUGACGCGGGUCUUCCUGGAGGUGGAUGUCCGGCGGCCGCGGAGUCCCUCGAGGCUUCGGCGUUGCCCGCGGACAGCGUCAUGGUCGCCCAGGUGCCCGCCGCGCCCAGCACGGCAGCGAUGGGCGCCGCACCGCCGACUCCGCUCUCCGGCAGCCCAGGCGGUCCGCUCUCCGCAAGCCCAGGCGGUCCUCCGGACGGUGCUGUUGGCGCGGCUGUGCAAGCAGAUGCUGGCGGCCCGGCUGCGCCCGCCCUUGAGCCCGGCCAGCAGGCGGCGACUGGCGUGGCGCAGGAAACCAGCGGCCCCUUCACUGAGCAGCGGAUCUUAAACUACCUCCACGCUGGGCGGUCUGCGAAGGAUCUCAUCUCCGCCGGCGCUGACAAAGCGGCAGUGCUCCUCGCCCUGCAGUCCGAUGAUACGCUCUGUUCUGAGGGCAAUUGGUCCGGCCAGGACCGGGGCUUCGAGAGGAUCUUCUCCUGGGCGCCAGCGCCGAACGACAGGGACGACCCGAUAUCCCGGGACUUCGUCAGAGGGUUCAAGCGCGCCUUCGUGUACGCGCUUGAUUGGGCGGGCGACAAGAUGAUGGUGUCCACGAGGGACGAAAUCCCGCCAUGCGGCUCUACGAUCCAGAGAAGGAGAUGGAGGAGCGUUCGUGGGCGGGAGAGUGGAUGGCGCUGCAGACGGACCCGAACAACCCCUCCGUCGUGGCCGCGAUCUCCUGGGGCGGCAAGUUCCGGGUACGGCUUCGACACGCGCUCGAGCGAGAAGUACGUGUUCGACGUGGACCUGAAGAGGACUGCCAGCGCGAUGAAGGAGUUCCUGUCGCUCGCGUGGUCGCCGGACUCGAAGCACAUUGCGCUCAACAACCGUGCUGACCAGGUGUACAUCUUGAAUCUCCAGACAGCGGGCAGCCUGAAGCUGGGGGCCUCCAAGGACAUGCAGAUCGAGGUAAACCAGAUGGUCUGGGGGCCCGAAGGUGAGACGCUCUGGGUCGCCACGGGCGGCAUCCCCGGCAAGAUCCACGUGCUGCCCGCGCCAUCCCUCCGGACCGAGAGUUCCGUUGCGGUCGUCGCGCACCAGGACAAACCUCCAUCAGCAUAG